GAGGGAGCGGGUAGGGUAGGCGGUGCCGGCUCCGGCCGUAAAGCGCGGCCGGUCGUGCUCCCUCAGCCUGGUUUGCCGAUUCAUGGCGGCGGCGGCGGCAGUUGUCGCGACGAUGGCCGGGGCCGGAGGGCCGGUGCUGAACGGGGCGGACGCGGGCGCCGCGGGGCUGAAGGAGGCGGCCGGCAUGUACGAGCAGCUGCGGGCCGAGUGGAACCGCAAGAACCUCAACCUGGGCAAAUGCGGAGACCUGCUGGGGCGCCUCAAGUUAGCCCUGCUGGAGCUCAACUUCCUGCCCACCUCAGGCACAAAACUGACUAAGCAACAGCUCAUCUUGGCAAGAGACAUUCUAGAAAUCGGAGCCCAGUGGAGCAUCUUGAAGAAAGACAUCCCUUCCUUCGAGAGGUACAUGGCGCAGCUGAAGUGCUACUACUUCGACUACAAGGAUGAGCUGCCGGAGUCAGCCUAUAAGCACCAGCUCCUGGGUUUGAACCUCCUCUUCCUGCUCUCCCAGAACCGGGUUGCCGAGUUCCACACGGAACUGGAGAGGCUGCCGGCAAAGGACAUCCAGACCAACGUCUACAUCAAACACCCGGUCUCUCUGGAGCAGUACCUAAUGGAAGGCAGUUACAACAAAGUCUUCCUGGCAAAGGGCAACAUCCCUGCGGAGAGCUACGCCUUCUUCAUCGACAUCUUACUGGAUACGGUCAGGGACGAAAUUGCCAGCUGCAUCGAGAAGGCCUACGAGAAGAUCCUCUUCAACGAAGCCACUCGGAUGCUCUUCUUCAACCCCAAGAAGAUGACGGACUAUGCCAAGAAGCGCGGCUGGAUCCUUGGCUCCCACAACCACUACUGCUUCACGGGCCAACAACAGAAACCCGAAGACGCGACCAUCCCCUCGACGGAGCUCGCCAAACAAGUGAUCGAAUACGCUCGGCAGCUGGAGAUGAUCGUCUAGCGGAAUUGCUGUGGGCCGGGACUGAGGGUUGUUUGCCCUUCUCCUUAUUUUAGCCUUUUUGUUUUUUUACUCCAGUUCCCAUUUAACGGGCAGUAUAUGCAAAGGUUUGAUUCCCCCUCCCCCCUACCUUCCCCGGGACACUGGAGUAAAAGCAGAGAGCCAGCACACCGUCGUGUUGUUUCUAACUCCGGCAUGAGGAGAUGUUCCGGACAGAACAGGGAACAGGCCGCUUUCCGGCCUCUGAGGAAAUUUGCCCUUUUUUUUUACAAUUGUCACGUUACCAGCCUGCCGUUCGGAAAUAGCCCCCAGACGGUUCUAGUCAAGCCGGGAAGUGGGGAUUUCUCCACUCCCUGGUCAAUGCAAGGUUCAACUUGUCUCCUCGAUUGGCGAUCUCGGCCUUUUCUAUUAUUAAUAUUAUUAUUGUUAUCGUUGGGUAAAUUGCCAUCCUUCGGUGCAGUCCUCCAUUACGGGGGAUAGCCACAGGUUAAAUAAAUCCACCAUUUCUUCUA